UACCUUGUCAUGCAUUUCUUAACUCACCUUGUGUCUCUGUUUUUGGUGCUCUCUGUCCCCUCUCCUCUUAUAUUGGCGUCCAAAGACGCAGUCUGUAAUGACACUCCUUUUCCAACCUUUUGCAAAUCAGUUUUACCAUCAAAUGACUCUUUUUCCAUACAUGACUAUGGUAGAUUCUCGAUUAAUCAAUCGAUAUCGUCAGCACAAAACUUAAUGUCAUUAGUACAGAGUUUUCUUGAUCACCAGGACACUCUGUCUGAAUAUAUGAUCAAUGCUCUCGAAGAUUGCAGACUUCUCGAAAGCUCAAACAUUGAUCACUUGUCGAAAACUCUGGAGAGUAUUAGUUUGACGGAUAGUUUAGCAAGUUCAGAAGAUGAAGAUGAUUUGUUGACAUUGCUUAGUGCAAGCAUUACUAACCAACAAACAUGUUUAGAUUGUCUUGAAUCAAUAUCCUCCCCUUCUAAUCCUAUAAGCUCACUUCACGCGCCGUUAUUCAAUGGAACCAUGCUAUACAGUGUAUCACUUGCUAUUUUUAGGCAUGGAUGGGUUUCGGCUACAAGACAGAGGAGAAUUCUGAUAGAGCGAAAGCUUGGUAGAAGGCCAACAUCUCCUGGCCUGGUGCUUUAUCCUGGUGGUGAUGUUGUCAAGGUAAGUCAGACAGUUGUUGUGAAUUCUAGUGGUGGUGGAGAUUUUAGGACCAUCAGUGAAGCAGUAGCUGCAGCGCCUAAUAAUACGGAUGGAAGCAAUGGCUUCUUUGUGAUUCGUGCUGUGGCGGGGAUUUAUAAUGAGUAUGUUAAUGUAACAUCUUCGAAGAAGUAUUUGAUGAUGAUUGGAGAUGGUAUUAACAAUACAAUCAUUACUGGCAAUCGCAGCGUUGCUAAUAACAUCAGUACUUUCGACACUGCAACGCUUACUGUGACCGGACAAGGGUUUGUUGGUGUCAACUUGACCAUCCGUAACACAGCUGGAGCAGCCAAUCACCAAGCGGUGGCAGUUCGAAGUAAUGCAGACCUUUCAGCAUUCUAUCGUUGUAGCUUUGAAGGGUAUCAAGACACCUUAUACCCUCAUUCUUUUAGACAAUUCUACAGAGAGUGCGAUAUCUAUGGAACUGUAGAUUUUAUAUUUGGAAAUGCAGCAGUUGUUCUUCAAAACUGCAACAUUUUUCCUCGGCUUCCUCUUCAAGGCCAGUUCAACGCAGUCACUGCGCAAGGCAGAACUGACAUAAAUCAGAAUACAGGAACCUCAGUACAAAAUUGUACUAUCACACCAGCCGAAAACCUGGGAUCAACUCGAACUUAUUUAGGAAGGCCUUGGAAGGAGUACUCAAGAGCUGUUUAUAUGGAGUCGUUUAUGGAUAGCCUAAUCCAUCCCGCUGGCUGGAGCGUAUGGUCCGGGGAUUUUGCCCUCAAUACAUCUUACUAAGCAGAAUUUAACAAUAGAGGACCAGGAUCAAAUACUAGCAACAGGGUUACUUGGGAAGGUUUCCAUAUAAUUAAUGCCACCGAUGCCGUGAAUUUCACAGUC